UGCAGCGUAACCCAGUGUGUACUUCCGGGUAGCAAACAUGGCUCAGGGUUCGCAGAAGUUUAAAGCCCAGCGGCCCGGAGGCUCCAAGAAACAGCACCAGAGCAAACAGAAAGGCCCAAAGAAAGGAGGCAGGGCCAUUGCGCCUAAAAAGUCUAAAGUGGUUCAGCAGCAGAAACUGAAGAAGGAUCUAGAGGUCGCCAUCAGGAACAAGAUAGAGCAGGAGGUGACUCAGAAGGCCAGCUCCUCCCUCCACAAGCGGCUGAGUGUGGUUAAAGCACCCGACGGCAAAGGCAACUCUGGAGCAGCACGACCAGGAAAGAGCUCCAAAUAGGAAUCAGAUCCACCACCUAAUAGCUGCGGAUCAUAGAGCAGGUGCAGACAUGGAAGCUGGAAAAAGAUGAAAGCAGCUGGAGCGGGGAGGUGGUGUGCAUGCUCGCAGACAUGUAUGCCUGUCAACACACGCAUACGAAGCAAGUCAAGCGUGUGGAACAGGGAAAUUAAAGUGUGUGGUCACUGGUCAGGGAGCAUCAACAGACCUCUGCUGGUCUUUAGUGAGUGUUUUUCACAGGAUAAUGAAGUGAUGAGGGAGCAGCAGGUGUGCUGAGGAGUCAAAUAACCGCAGUGCCAGUUUGAAAAUGAUAAGAUAAGAGAUAAGAUAAAAGAAGGGGAAGGUGGACCUUAAACACAACAUCUCUACAAUAACGGCAAUAUCAGUGUGUUAUAUUUAAACCUUGUUUUCCCCAGCUCCUUUUUGUUUUGAUUAGUGAGUUUACAUUGGGUUUUAUAAACUGCAAUGUGGCUCUGCAGUAAGUGCUGCUCAAUGUAACCACUGAAAAUCAUGUUACGGCACAAUAAAUAUAUAAAAAUGUCA